AUGACUUCCACUAUUGCAUCCUGCGCCCUGCGCUCGGCAGGCCGAGUCAGCUUGAGCUCAGGCUCUCGCGUUACCAUGGCUCCUCUGCGAGGCAUGGCCCGCGCAGCUGUUGUGGCGAGGCGAACAUCACGACGAGGAUAUGUUACCGAGACCAAGAGGGAUAAUGCUCAGGUCGAGACGGCUAUCAAGCUAGACAAGUCGGCAUUUUCUGAUAUCCCCCCUCCUGGUGCUCCCUCUAAUGCCAAAGUUAGCCCAAUGGCUGAAGUCUUGAAGCAAGCAGCAGUUAUGGACGAGGGCCAGCGCCCCAUCUACCUUGAUAUGCAGGCUACUACACCCGUUGAUCCCCGAGUCCUCGAUGCAAUGAUGCCCUUCUAUGUCGGCGCCUACGGCAACCCUCACUCGCGGACACAUGCUUAUGGAUGGGAGAGCGAGAAGGCUGUGGAGGAUGCGCGUGAGCAUAUCGCCAAGCUUAUCGGUGCCGACUCCAAGGAGAUCAUCUUUACAAGCGGUGCUACCGAGAGUAACAAUAUGAGCAUCAAGGGUGUUGCUCGCUUCUUUGGCCGAUCUGGCAAGAAGAAGCACAUUAUCACAACACAAACUGAGCACAAGUGUGUGCUUGACAGCUGUCGCCAUCUCCAGGACGAGGGUUUUGAGGUUACCUACCUUCCUGUCCAGAACAACGGUCUCAUCCGAAUGGAAGACCUUGAGGCUGCUAUCAGACCCGAGACUGCUCUUGUCAGUGUUAUGACUGUCAACAAUGAGAUUGGUGUUAUUCAGCCUAUUGAGGAGAUCGGCAAGCUGUGUCGAUCGAAGAAGAUUUUCUUCCACACUGAUGCUGCUCAAGCUGUGGGCAAGAUCCCUCUGGACGUCAACGCCAUGAACAUUGACCUUAUGUCCAUCUCUUCACACAAGAUCUACGGUCCCAAGGGUAUCGGUGCAUGUUACGUCCGAAGACGACCCAGAGUUAGACUCGACCCUCUCAUCACCGGCGGUGGUCAGGAGCGAGGUCUACGAAGUGGAACCCUUGCUCCGUCUUUGGUAGCCGGCUUUGGCGAAGCCUGCCGUAUCGCCAAGCUGGAGAUGUCUUAUGACACGAAGCGUAUCAAGUACCUCUCGGAUCGCCUGCUCAACGGACUUUUGUCUAUGGAGCAUACAACCCAGAACGGUGCCCACGAUUCCUUCUACCCUGGUUGCGUUAAUGUGUCUUUUGCCUACGUUGAGGGAGAGUCGCUUCUGAUGGCCCUUAAGGACAUUGCCCUGUCCUCGGGCAGUGCGUGUACCUCUGCUUCGCUUGAGCCCAGUUACGUUCUACGUGCGCUCGGUAACAGUGAUGAGAGCGCCCACAGCAGCAUUCGAUUCGGCAUCGGCCGCUUUACCACUGAGGCAGAAAUCGAUUACGUCCUCAAGGCGGUACAAGAGCGUGUCACCUUCCUCCGAGAGCUGAGCCCUCUCUGGGAGCUCGUACAGGAGGGUAUCGACCUUAACACCAUUCAGUGGAGCCAGCACUAA